AUGCUGGAGAGACAGGGAGCUCGCUAUACUAGUGACCACGAAUAUUUCUUUUACCAGAAAUUGGCAAAGUGCAAUACCCUAGUCAACUGGAAAGGACAAGGUCAGAGGUCAAGACCUUCCAGCCGGAACCAGACAGAAAGACCCAACAGUCGACAAGGCCAAGGCGAGCAGUUGCCUGCUGGUAACUAUGGCAACUACCAGGACCCGCCACUGUCUGGUGCAAGGCACGUGAGUGACUCAAACGUGGCAAAAUUCAGCAACGUCUAUCGACCAGCAUCCAGGGGAACCAGUUCUUCCUCCAUGGAGACGAACGUUCAUAAUCCAUCGUAUCAACACAACUAUGUGAAAAACUCUGUUGUCAACCCUGUGCAGCCCUUUGACAGACUGCCAAAUCAUCCGUUAAACAAUCAGCGGGUACCCCUGUUCAAGACCACGAGAGGAUCUCAAACUAUAGAAACAUUGCAGGUGGGCAGGGUCAGAAUAACUCGAACUACCAAGUUGUGAACAGAAAUACACCAACAAAUUUCACUCCACUUGAAAGAAGGAGCAUUGCAAACAAUUAUCCAUAUAGACAGGACCUUGAUCCCCCUCCGAGUUCUGGUAGCUAUGGUAACAGUGUCUAUGGUUACAGAGAUCCUGUGUUUACAAGCAUGGCAGGAAAGCGGCCUGUGCAGACCUUGCAACAGCAGCAACAACAGCCAAACUCUGCAAAAGUGUGACUAGCUUUCAUCUCUUGAUUGUUCUUGAUUUCAUUACACCAGCCAUUUUUGUCUGAUAGUUUUCUGAACACAAAUAAAUUUUCGAACGUUUUUGAAAUUCUUGUUAAAGAAUCUAAAUGGAACAUUUAUCUUGUGGAUGAGUCUUUAUUCCAUGUAUUCAUAUAAGAAAAAUAAAAAAUACUUUUUUAAACAGGAUGUCAAAAAGGGCAGUAAAUUUCUGCAAUUACUGAUCUUAAAAAGUGAUAUUUUUGAUGACAUACUGCUAAAUUACUUGCAAUUCUCUUGUAG